GCUCAACACCAGCGCGCGCACCCAUGGAGAAGAAGACGCUCGUGCUAUACCCUUCGCUGGGAGUGGGCCACCUCACCCCCAUGGUGGAACUAGCCAAGGCCCUCCUGCGCCACGGCCUCGCCGUGCUCAUCGCCGUCGUCGACCCGCCCGACGCCGAUGCCGUGUCGGCCGCCGCGGUGGCGCGCCUCGCGACCGCCAACCCGGCCAUCGCGUUCCGCCUCCUGCCGGCGCCGGCCAGCCCCGACGCCGGGGCGCACCCGGUGAGGCGCAGCCUCGACACGCUCCGCCUCGCCAACCCGGCGCUCCGGGACCUCCUGCGCUCGCUGCCCCUCGGCGGCGCCGACGCGCUGCUGCUCGACAUGUUCUGCGUCGACGCGCUCGACGUCGCGGCCGAGCUCGGCGUCCCCGCCUACUUCUUCUUCCCCUCCGCGGCCAGUAACCUCGCCGUCUUCCUCAACCUGCCAUACUUUUACCCCAACGUGCCGCCGUUCAGGGAGAUGGACAGGAACACACCCGUGCACUGCUGCCCCGGCAUGCCGCCGAUCCGCGCGGUGGACAUGCUCCAGACGGUGCAGGACAAGGAGAGCGAAGCGGCCAAGGUCCGUCUCUACCAGUUCAAGCGCAUGGCGGAGGGCACGGGCGUGCUGGUCAACACCUUCGAUUGGCUGGAGCCCAGGGCCCUGAAAGCCCUCGUAGACGGCGUCUGCGUUCCCGGCAGGCCGACGCCGAGAGUCUACUGCAUCGGGCCUCUGGUCAACGCCGGCAACAAACAGGGAGGGAGCUACGGUGGCGGCGGCGAGAGGCACGAAUGCCUCGCGUGGCUCGAUGCGCAGCCCAAGGGGAGCGUCGUGUUCCUCUGCUUCGGCAGCAUGGGCGCCUUCUCGGCCGCGCAGCUGCAGGAGAUCGCCCGCGGGUUAGAGAGAUCCGGCCACCGGUUCUUGUGGGCGGUGAGGAGCCCGCGGGAGGAGCAGAGCCGGUUCCCUGAGCCGGACUUGGAGCGGCUGCUUCCGGCGGGGUUCUUGGAGAGGACGAGGAACAGGGGCAUGGUGGUGAAGAACUGGGCGCCACAGUCAGAGGUGGUGCAGCACGAGGCAGUCGCUGCCUUCGUGACACACUGCGGGUGGAACUCCACGCUGGAGGCGAUGAUGGCAGGGUUACCGAUGAUAUGCUGGCCGCUGUACGCGGAGCAGAGUAUGAACAAGGUGUUCUUGGUUGAGGAGAUGAAGAUCGCGGUCGAGAUGGAAGGAUACGAGGAGUUCGUCAAGGCCGAGGAGGUGGAAGCGAAGGUGAGGCUUGUGAUGGACACGGAGGAAGGGAAGAUGCCGAGGGAGCGGCUCGCGGUCACCAAGGACGGGGCCUUGGAGGCUAUCAAGGAAGGCGGGUCUUCUGAAGUGGCAUUCGCAAAGUUUUUGAGAGACCUGGGGCAGACUAGCAGCUCUGAAAAUGGCGAAUGCUACUGAUCAAGUGGUAUGAUAGAUGAACACCGAAAUUGACAGUAUCAGUUAGCCAUCACUGAGUAUUCAGAUUUAAAAAUUCUACCAUCAACAUAAAUAAAUGGAUUUUUUUCCCGUCA